AUACUUAGAAUUGGUCGCGGGCACUGUCGUAUACUUCUUCAUAAAUUCAACUGGAAUAAGGAAAGUCUUUUAGAGAGAUAUUAUGAAAACCCUGAUACUGAUGCCUUCUUGCGAAAAGCCCAAGUCCUACCCCGAAAACCGGCGCCUCCUCCAGUCUCUUCUGUUGGCGAGUGCGAAAUUUGCUGUAACACUGCAGCUCUUGGUGGUUUGGAUUGUUAUCACUGGGCGUGUUCUUGUUGUUGGCAAAUGUAUCUCAAUACAAAAAUCAUGAACGAUUCUACAAGUGAGAUUCAGUGCAUUUUCAACGGCUGCCAGUUGCUCAUUCAAGACGAAAAGGUGAUGCAGUACAUAAAAAGUGAAGCGGUGCGUAGUGCCUACCAACGUUUAAAAAUCAAUAGCUUCGUCGAGGGAAACCGUCUUCUGAAGUGGUGUCCAGGUCUCGAUUGUGGAAAGGCGCUCAAGGUGGGCUAUUCGGAGCCGCGCCCUGUCGUUUGCUCUUGCGGGAUGCGUUUCUGCUUUGGAUGUGCACACGAAUGGCACGAGCCAGUCAAUUGUCGCCUGCUGAAACUUUGGUUGAAAAAGUGUAGCGAUGAUUCAGAAACUAGUAACUGGAUCAACGCUAAUACAAAGGAGUGCCCUAAGUGUCAGGUUACUAUCGAAAAAGAUGGUGGAUGCAACCAUAUGGUUUGCAAAAACACAGCAUGUCGCAUGGAAUUUUGUUGGAUUUGUCUCGGUCCGUGGGAACCACAUGGAAGUAGC